CACCGUAUUAUUUCUCAGAUGUAACCAUGAUGUCCAUGGCAUUAUUAUCAGAGACAGUACACAGCAAAGGCAGGUAGUCAAAGCAAACACUCAGCUCUCCUAGGAGGAUUCAUCAUGUCAGGUUCACCUGAGAUUGAGGAACUACCAGCAACACAAACAGGGCCCAAAGGUGUGAUCCAUGACUGGAGAAAGUUCAAACUUGAGAGUGAGGACCAUGAAAGCGUCCCUUCCAACAAGAGAGAGCUCCUCAGACAGAUGUCCAACCCCAAAUCCAGUAAAGACGACACCCAGGAAAAAGUCUUGCACAAGAUGAGCGUUCAGGAGUACGAAAUGAUCCAAGAAGAGGAUGAAAGGUGUCUGCAUAAGUUUCGUAGGCAGUGCAUGCAGGAGAUGCACGAGCACCUGAGUUUUGGGCCUAAAUUCGAUGUGGUGUAUGAGUUGGAUAGUGGGGAGGCCUUCUUGGAUGUCAUCGAGAAAGAGCACCACCUAACUCUAGUGGUUGUGCACAUCUAUGAUGAUGGGAUCAGAGGAUGUGACGCUCUUAACAACUGCUUGACUUGCCUGGCAGCAGAGUAUUCUACUGUCAAAUUCUGCCGAAUCCGAGCAUCUGCCACAGGGGCAGGUGAGCGUUUUUCAGACGACGUUCUGCCCGCUCUACUGGUGUACAAGGCCGGAGAGCUGCUGGGCAACUUCAUGUCUAUCACAAAGCACCUGAAUGAGGAGUUCUUCGCCCUGGAUGUGGAGAACUUCCUAAAUGAGUACGGUCUGCUGCCAAAGAAAGAGUUUGCAGCUGGCCCCGAGGGGGACGAGAAUGCUGACGUGGAAUGAUCGAGGAAAUUCAAAGGGUGGAAAUGAAUUACAUUAGUCAACCUUGUUUCAGAGAUAGAUCUGAGUAGUAAUGACGCUGUGACUACUGGGCCAUGACUCCAACAAACACACACACCUGUAGCACGUGAUUUACAGCAGUUAAAUACGCCAGUGUUAUCAAAGGCAUACAUUCAUGAUCAUUUCAUUUGCCAGCGUUCCCACAAUUUUUGAUGAAUGAGUUUCCAUUCAUUUUCUAUGCCCUUUAUAGUAAUUUGUGAUGACUUGAUAAGGAUUUUUUCAAACCAUU